AUGUUUCUCAUAAUCUCACUUCUUGCCCUCGUGGCAGCGGUUGUAGACGUCGGCGCCAUUCCGGGCCGGCAGUUCGACAGAUAUCCCAGCAGUAUCAUCAUCACCCGCACCGUCAUGCCCUCAUCUACCUGGAAAGAUGUCCCGGGGGCGUUCCCGACGAUGCAGCCCCCUGGGAAUACGACGACUACGACUACGACUCAUUACUUGAACACGACCACGCCUUCUACGACAAGAGUCUCUACGACAGAGUCAUCCACGACAGAGUCAUCUACGACAGAGCCGUCCACUACUACGCACACAAAGACCAAGCAUACCAGGACCAAGCACACAAAGACCAAGACCAUAACCAUAACCAAGCCAUCCACGACGGCAGGAGGCCCCACUACUUCAUCCUCAUCCUCCACAGUUAUUAUUUCCCGGAGCCUCCUCUCCACAACUCCCCACGUGAGUAGCUCCUGGCUCACAAAGACCCAGACCGUGGAUGUUCGAGCCCUGGUCACACGGCCUGGGCUGCACGUGGGUACUGGCACAGCCGCGACCCUGGCAUCUCUGUCCCCGUGGGCCGUCGAGUAUGAUGACGAGGACGAUGACCUCGAGGACGGCGAGGGCUUUAGCGGUGGCAGCAUGCUCUUGCAUGUUUGGCAGGUUGAAGCUUGA